AUGGAUUUUCUCCGUGCCUGCGUUUUGUGUGCUGCGGCUUUAUUCACCGUGUCCAAAGCUUUCACGCACAAGGACAUGAAGGAUACCCUGCUUCAAAAACUAGGACUGGAUGAAGUUCCGAAAAUUCACAAAAGGGAUUUGGAGAAUCUUGUAAUGCCUGCGCACAUUAAGAAUAAAUACCUGUCAAUGCUGAAGCUGCACCACGAAAGGCGGCGCAGGUCUCUGCCAAGCUUGGCGGGGAUUCUGAGGGGAAUCCCAGGAAAUGCAGACAUCUAUGGGGAGUUUGUGUACUCGGACACCACUCGGCAACGGAUGGUCUUUGACAUGGACACCCGCAUCCCCCAUAAUAGCGAGGUGACCAUGGCCGAACUGAAACUGUACAAGAAAGCCCCUCCUCACAAGCGCUCCAUGCCCGAGAGGAGGAACCACCGUCCGGUUAACAACGCCAGAGUCUCCAUCUACUGGGUAGAGAUGCUGGAGAACGGCUCCAACACAACAUCUCUGGUGGACUCACGGUUGAUCCCCAUCCAUGAGACUGGCUGGAUAAGCUUUGAUGUCACACAGGGUGUGCACUAUUGGUCAAAGAGGCAGCAGAAAACACCUAUGAACCUAGAGGUGUGGAUCGAGGGCGAGAGACCUGGCAGCUACGCGGCAGAAAUGGCCAAGAGUGUCCACUUUACCACCCAGGACCAGACGGAAAACACCUUGGGAAAACCUGAGCUGAUCCUCUACACACUCAACCUCGAAGAGUUUGGGUCUCGAGGUGACUGUGAAAUCAAUCCAGAUAAGGACACGUGCUGCAGAGAAAAAUACUUCAUCAAUUUCCGCGCGCUCACGUGGACCCAGUAUUGGAUAAUCGAACCAGCGGGCUACCAGGCCUACCGAUGCGCUGGAGGGUGCAAGCAGCCCAAGCGAAACUACGGUUACGGGGAGCGGAAGUGUACCAUCGCGGAGAGCGCCCCGCUGCCCAUGAUGUACCUGGUCAAGAAGGGUGACUACACGGAGAUAGAAGUGGCCGAGUUCCCCAACAUGAUCGUGGAGUCGUGUGCCUGCACCAUGGACAACAUUUCCAUAGUUUGAA